AUGCAUUGGUGGAGCGUUUUAGUGGUUGCGCUGGCGGCGCCAGUCUGGUCUCGCAGCCACGGCCACGGCCACGGCCAUCAGCACGCAAAGGUCAAGGAAUCUGUGACGUCCCGAGCGACGACACCAGGACGAGCGGUCUGGAUGUGGAAUUCGGACCUGAUCCAGGAGGACGCCGAGGUGGAGCAGUUCCUGUCUUUCGCCGAAACCAACACCAUGAAUACCGUCUACGCACUCAUUGACCGCGACAUGGGCAACGCCGUCUUCGAGAGCUUCAUUUCCAAGUGCCAUGCGAAAGGGAUAGCCGUUGAGGCCCUGAUGGGCAACUCGCUCUGGAUCAUUGAGGCAGGGGACCCCACGUUGGAAUCACAGCUCGAAUGGAUUGAGCAAUACCAGGGCAAUGCGACUGCAGAUGCCUCAUUUGCCGGGAUUCAUAUGGAUGUCGAGCCUUGGGGUCUUGACGAAUGGGAGCUGAAUCAGGGGACCUACAUCGCAAGACUACAGUCCAUCGUGACUCAGGUCACUUCGCUGGGUAAAGCACUUGGGUUACCAGUUUCUGCAGACCUACCUUACUGGGCAUACACGAUUACGUGCCCAACUACGGGACAGACUCUGGAUACCUGGAUGCUCGACAACUUGGACACGGCUACGUUCAUGACGUACCGCAACACGGCGGCUGAGCUUAUCGACAUUGCGUCCAAGGUCCUCGAAGCUGGCAAUGCGGCCGGCAAGCCUGUCUGGCUGGCUGUCGAGACUGUAGACGCGGCCGAUGCGCUUCUGAUCAGCUACUUUGGCAAGACAGUUUCCGCCCUUUAUGAGGAUCUGGCAUCCGUCCAUGCCAAGGCAGCCACGUAUGCGAGCUUUGCAGGCAUUGCUAUCCAUGACUACGGUGGACUCAAGGCACUUGGCUCAUGA